AUGAAUUUGCCAAAUGCAAAUGCAUCAUUGUACACAAACCAGAACUUUUGUACAAAAAAUGUAGAACCUAAAUAUAAGAUGAAUCCAUUUUUAAAUAUAAAAGCAAAUUAUCCUAUGAAAAAUUUAUCCUAUCCACACAUUAAUAAUAAUAUAAUUUUAAAUAACAAUUCCCAGUUAAAGUUGCAGAAAAAUAAAACUUUUAGUAUUCCGUUUGAUAUGGAACCAAAAAUAGAUUCAAAAUAUUUUUAUGUAAAAUGUUUUAAUAAUAUGAAUAAUACUAACGAUUACAGUAAAAACAAAAAUUUUAAAAUAUUUAAUAAAAGUGACAUUCAAAGUAAUGGGAGAAUUUUAUGUGAGCCAAUAAUUCCUAAAAACAAUUAUAUUCCACAGUAUUUUAAAAAUAAUAUUAAUAAUUCAUUAUGUAAAAUAUAUUUAGAAAAGUGUGGAAGAGUUAUAAUUUUUGAUUUAGAUGAUACUCUAAUUCCUACUUAUUGGAUAAGAUCUGUGCUAUUUUCAAAAUGCCACCUUAAUCAAGAUGAAGCUCUAAGAGAACUUAAAAAAGAAAUAAAAUUAAAUAAAAAAUAUAAUUUUGAAUCUACUGCUUGUUCAGUAAUUCAUUUAGCGAAAUCUAUGUCACAUACUAUAUUUAUAGUUACAAAUGCAAGAAGUGAUAAAUGGAUAGAUACAGUAAAAUGGUUAUUUCCUAACUUUUCUAAAUUACUUGAUGAACAUAAUAUUCCUAUCAUAAGAACUGAACAAUAUAUGGAACCUUCUCCUUUAAAUGUUUUUGAAUAUUUCCGUUAUUGGAUGAAUGCUAAAAAGAAAAAGUUUGAUGAAAUACUAAAAGAACACUGGGCUUUUUAUUAUCAAUAUAUUACUAAUAAAAUAGAUUUUAUCUCAUUGGGAGAUACUGAAUUUGAAGAAGUUGCAACAUAUGAAUUGCAAUCAAGUAAUAAAAAUAUAAUUAAAAAAGCAUUUAACAUAAAAGUUCAAACAGGAUUAUCUUUUGAAGACUUUAUUGGGCAACUAAAACUAAUCCAAGUGGCAUUAUCAAUAAUUACUAAAGAAUCAUAUUCAUACAAAUAUCUAGCUUUAUCAUCUUCUGUACAAAUAAAAAUGUUCGCAUAG